AUGAGUCUAUCAUCAGUUCUACUGAAACGUUUGCAAUUCCAGCGGAGAAUUAUUACCGCAGUAAAUGUCUAUGGUACGAGAUCUUUUACCACGACGGAAGGCCACCGUCCGGCUAUUGUCCACAAACGGAGUCUCGACAUUCUCCACGAUCCGUGGUUUAACAAGGGAACCGCAUUUUCCAUGACGGAACGUGAUCGUCUGGACCUUCGUGGGUUACUGCCACCAAAUGUUAUGAGUUCUGAACAACAAAUUGAACGGUUCAUGGCUGACUUGAAGAGGCUUCAACUAAGUGCUAGAGAUGGGCCUUCUGAUCCAAAUAACCUGGCUAAAUGGCGCAUUCUCAACCGAUUGCAUGAUAGAAACGAGACAAUGUAUUAUAAGGUUCUAAUUGACAAUAUCGAGGAAUAUGCCCCAGUAGUCUAUACUCCUACAGUUGGUCUUGUUUGCCAGAACUAUAGUGGCUUGUUUAGGCGGCCGAGGGGGAUGUAUUUUAGUGCGGAAGAUCGUGGAGAAAUGAUGUCGAUGGUUUAUAAUUGGCCAGCUGAUCAGGUUGAUAUGAUUGUUGUAACGGAUGGAAGCAGAAUACUGGGUCUUGGAGAUCUUGGAGUUCAGGGAAUUGGAAUCGCAAUUGGGAAGUUGGAUCUUUAUGUUGCUGCUGCAGGGAUAAACCCUCAGAGAGUACUCCCUGUCAUGAUUGACGUUGGAACCAACAAUGAGAAGAUUCUGAAAGACCCAUUGUAUUUGGGAUUACAAGAGCACCGCCUUGAUGGAGAGGAGUAUCUUGCAGUAAUUGAUGAAUUCAUGGAAGCAGUAUUUACUCGCUGGCCAAAUGUGAUUGUCCAGUUUGAAGAUUUUCAAAGUAAGUGGGCCUUCAAGCUGUUGCAGCGUUAUAGGAAUGACUAUCGAAUGUUCAAUGAUGAUGUUCAGGGGACAGCUGGAGUUGCACUUGCUGGUCUUCUAGGAGCAGUCAGAGCUCAAGGAAGGCCAAUGAUUGACUUCCCCAAAAUGAAGAUUGUAGUUGCGGGGGCUGGAAGUGCUGGAAUAGGGGUUCUAAAUGCUGCAAGAAAAACGAUGGCUAGGAUGUUAGGAGAUACUGAAGUUGCUUUUGAAAGCGCAAAGAGGCAAUUCUGGGUGGUUGAUGCGAAUGGACUGUUGACGGAGGCACGCGAAAACAUUGAUCCUGAUGCUCGUCCAUUUGCUAGGAAGGUCAAUGAAAGUGAACGGCAAGGACUGAGGGAAGGGUCUAAGCUUGUGGAAGUGGUGCAGCAAGUAAAGCCCGAUGUGCUUCUUGGUUUGUCAGCUGUUGGAGGCUUGUUCUCUAAAGAGGUGUUAGAAGCUCUAAAAGGUUCAACUUCUACCAGACCAGCAAUUUUUCCGAUGUCAAACCCUACAAAAAAUGCUGAGUGCACCCCUGAGGAAGCAUUUUCCAUAGUUGGUGAUAACAUCAUAUUUGGAAGUGGAAGCCCAUUUGCCAAUGUUGAUCUAGGAGAUGGUCACAUUGGCCACUGCAACCAGGCAAACAACAUGUUCCUUUUUCCUGGGAUUGGGCUAGGAACGCUUCUAUCUGGAUCUAGGAUCGUCUCAGACGGAAUGUUACAGGCAGCAGCUGAAUGCCUAGCUGCAUAUAUGACUGAGGAGGAGGUGCUUAAAGGGAUUAUAUACCCUUCAAUAUCAAGAAUACGUGACAUAACAAAGGAGGUAGCUGCAUCUGUCAUUCGGGAAGCUAUAGAAGAAGAUCUGGCAGAAGGGUACCGCGAGAUGGAUGGUCGAGAGUUACGGAAACUUAAUGAGGAGGAAAUCAAGAAUUAUGUGAUGAACAAUAUGUGGAUUCCUGAGUACCCAAAAUUGGUUUACAAGGAGGACUGA